CGUGCUAUUUCCUCCUCCUUCGCCGCGGCGGCGAUGUGACUGCCCUCUCCUGGCUCGGCCCGCCCCAGCUACGAGGCGAACAUGGCGGAGCCUUCUGUUGAGUCAGCAAGUCCAGUUAAUCAAAUUGUAGGAGGGUCUGCAACAUCUGAUGACCAUGAAUUUGACCCAACGGCUGACAUGCUGGUUCAUGACUUUGAUGAUGAACGAACACUAGAAGAAGAAGAAAUGAUGGAAGGUGAAACAAACUUCAGUUCUGAAAUAGAAGAUCUUACAAGGGAAGGUGAUAUGCCAAUUCAUGAGCUUCUUAGUCUUUAUGGCUAUGAUGGUACUGUGCCACUACCAGAAGAGGAAGAAGAGGAGGAGGAGGAGGAGGAGGGUGAGGGUGAAGAUAUUGAUAACAACAGUGGGUGCAGUGGAGAAAAUAAAGAGGAGGCCAUAAAGGAUUCAUCGGGUCAGGAGGAUGAGACACGGUCUUCCAAUGAUGAUCCAGCACCAUCUGUUGUACAGGAGAUAAUUCGCCCACGGCGGUGUAAAUACUUUGAUGCAAAUAGUGAAAUUGAAGAAGAAUCUGAAGAAGACGAAGAUUAUAUUCCUUCAGAAGACUGGAAAAAGGAAAUCAUGGUGGGCUCCAUGUUUCAAGCUGAAAUUCCAGCUGGUAUAUCAAAAUACAAAGAGAAUGAGAAAGUUUAUGAAAAUGAUGACCAGUUGCUAUGGAAUCCAGAUUACUUGUCUGAAGAAAAAGUGAUCGAAUUCCUUAAUGAAGCUUCCAGACGAACAGGUGAUGAGAGAGGAAUAGAUGCAAUUCCUGAAGGAUCUCAUAUCAAAGACAAUGAGCAGGCUUUGUAUGAAUUAGUGAAAUGCAAUUUUGACACAGAAGAGGCACUAAGAAGAUUAAGAUUUAAUGUAAAAGCAGCCCGAGAGGAGCUAUCUGUCUGGACAGAAGAAGAAUGUAGAAAUUUUGAACAAGGGUUGAAGGCUUAUGGAAAGGAUUUUCACUUGAUUCAGGCAAAUAAGGUGCGGACAAGAUCUGUUGGAGAAUGCGUAGCAUUUUACUACAUGUGGAAAAAAUCAGAACGAUAUGACUUCUUUGCUCAGCAGACACGAUUUGGUAAAAAGAAGUACAACCUGCAUCCUGGUGUAACGGAUUACAUGGAUCGUCUCCUAGAUGAAAGUGAAAGUGCUGCAUCUAGUCGGGCUCCCUCCCCACCUCCCACAACUUCUAACAGCAGCACCAGCCAUUCAGAGAGAGAGGACAGCACAACCAGCAAUAGUAAUCAAAAUGGUGUAUCCACUAAUGGAUCAGGUGACUUAUCAAGCAAAGAAGAAGUAAAAAUUGAGAGUUUGCACAUAAAUGGACCAACAACUGGCAAAAAAAUGGCUGUUGUGGAUCUUGAUACAAAUGGCUAUGAAACUGAAAACCUUUCCAAUCAUUCAAAACUUGCUUAUUCAAAUUCAAGGAAUGAAAAUGAUCUUGAAGAAAAAAAUGAAAGACCUGCAAAGAGGAGAAGAGUCAAUAGUAAUGAAAAGGAGAGUCCAGGUUCCGCAGAGAUUUUCCAAGAAGCAGCAGCCUACAGAAAGUUUGAAGAACAGAAGACUGUGGAUGACUGAAUUUGGUUUUAUUCCUUCAAGUAUUUUUUGGGGUGUCCAAAAUUUUCAGGGUUGAUAGGUGACCCUUACAGAAUCAAAUCCUUUAAUAUAAUUUAUUGAGAUUUUGGAAUACAUUUUGGUUGCUUCCUAAUCCUGACUGAAGAAGUUACAGCAUAUCUUUUUAAAUCUUGAAAUGAUGCAUUUAAUAGGAGCAAGGGUUGUUUCCUGCUCAGCAUUUCAAGGAAAACAGACAGACAAUUCUCUGCAAAUUAUUUCAGAGCACUAAGUAUUGUGCAAAAUACACUCUGGAAAGUCAUCAAUUUCAAAUUCUGUAAUAUUAGAUAGUAAAAUGUAAAGCAGGAUUCAUCAAGCAGAAGUGAUUAUUCUUCAGUCCACAGGAAGAGAAGCAGUGUUGAGUGGUUAAGGAAUGCCUGUAAAUCCUGAAAGUUGUAUGUGAGAGAAUAUUUUUAUAUAUAUAUUUAUAUAUUUAUAUAUAUAUAUAUAUAUAUAUAUAUAUAUAUAGAAAUAUUUAAAAAUAAACCAAGUCAGGUUUGUAUAUGUAAAAUUGUUGACAUCAGUGAUGUCUUUCCAUAUUCUUAUCUGGAUAUAAGAGAUACAUUCUGUAUUUUUCCAGAUUCUUUGUAGCCUUUGAAAGAUUUUUACAAUUCUUGUCAUGAUUGAGCUGUCAUUUCUAAAAACAAGUGUGUAAUUUUCAUAACUUGUACAGUAUGGUAAACUUUUAUGAGAGAUUUGAUCUUCUGAGGAGUCUGUCAGCUUCAUUUUAUUUUGCUAAAGCUUUUUUAUUAAAAAAGAGUAAUAGUGAUGUUUCAGAAAGCAGUAAAAUUUUAAAUAUUUAAAAUUCACAUCCAUGAGUAUCAGAAUUUUUCAAGUUUCUAUCUUGGGAUAAUUGGUGAUAUAGGAUUUUGGAAUUUAGCACGAUGCUUUGAUUGCACAAGUGUUCUUGAUUUUAUAAUUCUUUUUCAGAUUUAUUUUUAUGAUAAGACAACCUUAAAAUCAGCUAAAUGCUUUAAUGCUAAUCUUGUUAGCCAAGGUCGAGCAUUACAUUCUUCAUUCAUUAUUUUACAUGUCAGCGAGCACAGUUUCAUUGGGAAAUGGAUCAAAUGAUUCUCGUAACCUUGUUGAGGAACAAAUGCACAGCUUGUAUUUGGGCCUGAUCAUGCAUCAUUCCAAGAAAUCCCUUGGAUUUAUGCUGCUUACUGCUUCUUGGGAAGCAGAAAAGUUUUUGAAUAGUUAUUAUUCACAUAUAUAUGUAUAUGUGUAUGUCCAUGUCUAUGUGGUACGGUAAGGGCUGGUAACCUUUUAAAAAAAUAAUUUGCUAGACAGAAAUCCUUGACAUUGUGGUGGAAAUAGACGCAGUAGCCACAAAAGAAUUUGGAUUAUGGCCAUAGUAGAGGUUUACCAUGUCUGUCCCUUCCUGCCAUAUGGAAUCAUCAUUUUUGUUGUUUUUCUAUCAGGCUGUCUGUAGUUUUAACCAUCUACCUUGGCUGAGACUGCUUGAAAAGUUGCAGCCAUGCUGUUUCAAAUUGGCCUGAUUAUUGUGUAACUUGUGUUUGGUCUUAAUUACAUGCCUUCAUUUCAUAGUAAACAUCACUGAAGUGAUUUAAUUAGUACAGCCCCCUGCUGUCUCAUGUUUUGGAUGAAUCACAUGAUUAAAUUUAUGGGCCUAAUAUUUAUUGUCUAGAACUCAAUAGCAGUAUAUCUCCAGUAGGCAUAAUUUGCAGAUGUAUAGAUUAAAUCCUUAAUCUUGUAAACUGUACUGCUUUAGGGAGGUGACAUGGCUGACAAAUCCCAGUUUUGUUUAAGAUGGAAAUCCAAAGUUUUCAUAGCCUCGUAUCAAAGAUUGUCUUUAUAAAGUGUGUCAGAGCAAGGCAGUGCAAUGCUUUUAGAAAUCGUAUUGCAACUCUGAAGACCUGUUUUCUUCCUUACCUAUAUAUUUCGCAAGUGGAAAUGCUUGCAAAACAAUUAAUAGGAAAGUUUAUAAAUAUUAUUGUUCUCAGGCUUGUAAGUAAAAUAUAGCACUGUGUACAUUUUCAGAAAUUUUACUUUGGUCUUUAAUCUUUCUUUUAAUGGUAUGCCUAAGAAAAGUCCUGACAUUCCGUAAUCAAUAUGUAAUGCUCAGCUGUUAAGUAUUUAAUUGUAAUGUGCAUUUUGUUUAUGCAGUUGUUUAUACAAUAUUUUAUUCGUGUUCUUUAAAAUGCAGCCACUAUAACUUGAUAAGACAUUGCACUAGUAGUACUAUUUAAAAUUCUAGUAAUAUAGUAACCCCGUUCAAGAAGCUUUCAAUCCCGUUUGGAAAAGAUAAAAACUUCUUGAUUCCAAAUUGGAUUGAAAAGUCAGUGCAGUUUAUGUAAUUGCAAUGUAUAUUUUUAAGCACUAUUGUGUUUUGAUCCAUGAAGUGCAUUGCGUGCAGUCUGAAUCAAACCUUUAAUUUAACAGGUCUGACUGUUGGACUAUUUAUAAAAGGGUUUAAAGUGAUAUUUUGAAAGAAAUCGAAAAAUUUGCAGAUUAGUUUUUAUAAAUUUUUCACAUAGUACUUUUGCACUGUUGGUAAUACCCGUGCCCCUUCCCUAGUUUCUCGUCUGCAAUUCUGGAAAAGCUGAUUAAAAGUAUUUUUUUAAACACAUGCUUACAUAAAUACAACUGAAUAUUUUAA